UGCAAACAAAAACAACAGUGGGCGUACAACAACAACGACGCCUACGCUGACGUCGCUGCUACCGCAUGAUAAUGCAAAAGACAACAACAAGAAAAGAAACAACAAAAACAACAACUUCCAGCACGCUGGCAUUGCAACUAGUCAACAUUUUUGCCUAAGGACACAGCGAGAAUCCAGCAACAGCAAACAUAUCCGUCAAUUUAAGUAGAGAUUAUAAGGUUCGAUAACAUAAUUCGAUAACACACUCACACACGCACACAUACAACAUGGAUUGGAUCAUCAGCGAUGAACUAGGUCUGACAGUCGGUCACGUCGUCGGCUGGGCGGCCGCCUCAGCUAUGGUCAUCGGCGGCGUAAUACCCUAUGUACCGCAAUAUAUUGAAAUCAAGAAGACGCAGGACGCCGAUGGCUUCUCACUCUACGUAUGUCUGGCCCUGCUGGUAGCAAAUUCAUUAAGAAUACUUUUCUGGUUCUCCAGUCGCUAUGAGCUUCCAUUGCUGGUGCAGAGUGUCGUCAUGAAUGUGACCAUGUUCCUAAUGAUACACCUUUGCGUGAAGGUGAAGCGCAUGAAUGCCAAUACGCGGGGCGAGCACACGCUGCGUGGCGACGAGCUGCACUUGCCAAAAGUGCUGACGGACACGGACACCGGCGUCUCCGUAUCCACGGAUGUGGGCGUGCUGAAGCGUGCACGUUCCAGGCAUUAUCUGAAUGAUCUGGACUUCAAAUACUUUUGGAACUGGACAGAUUUUCAAUCGUAUUUGGACAUGAUGCUCGUCGUCUGGGCCGUUGGCGCUGCGAUCACAUAUCUAAUGCUCUCCGUUCAUUGGUUCAUGGAGUCCAUGGGCUUUGUGGCCGUCUUCACAGAGGCCAUGUUGGGUGCGCCGCAAUUUCUGCGCAACUUUAAGAAUAAGUCAACCUACGGUAUGAGCAUUCACAUGGUGAUUAUGUGGACGCUCGGUGAUAUGUUCAAGACUGGUUACUUUAUCGCAAGGAACGCGCCAUCGCAGUUCUGGAUUUGUGGCACGCUGCAGGUCAGCCUGGACAUUGCCAUCUUGCUGCAGGUGUGGAUCUAUCGAAACAAUACGAAGCCGCGCGACUUGAGGCGCGGCGAUUAGCAGUUUGCCCCCGAAGAACAACUACAACAGCAACAGCAGCAACAGCAACAGGAACAACAGCUUCAUCAAGGACAACAACACGAUCUGUGCGUAUCGCAUUCCGAGGAGCGGCAACUGUCGCUGCCCAUCACACUCAGCAGCAGCGGCGACGAUCAUCUGCUGACAGCACGCGCAGACGACGAACACUUCAAGGCUCUGGACUUUGGCCAGUGCCACGACAAUCGCGCCUUUCAGUACCACAAUAACAACAAGCUGCUGCCACGGCCCGGCGGCAGCGGCAAGAGCCAGAGCAAGCACGACAACGGCAGCAACGCAACCACAGCGAACGCCGUGGCCGUUGCCCUCGAUGCCCUCGAAGUGGUCAUCGUGCAUACGCCCAAUGCACGGCUGAGCAAUGGGCCGGCAAAGACGCGCCUCUUUGGCGGCCACGAGCACAUUCAUGGCCGAGGCAGUUGCUGUCAGCGGCGCAAGCGACACAAUGCCACACAGACGUCGGCGGAGCGCUGCUGCUGUGCAGCAGCUGCCUGUCAUUGCCAUGUGACCACCACGCACCAUCAUCAUUGCCAUCACCACUGCCAUCAUCAUCAUUAUGGCACUGGGAAGCGCCGCCAGCGACCGCAACGGCCGCACCAGCAGGAGCUGCAGUCACAGCACUCGAAGCAGUCCAAGUUGCAUUCCGCGCACAGUCCGCUUCCAGCCAGCAAGAGCCAGCACCACAACCACAACAAGUCUUCCCCGGACUCGAGCGAGGAUGCGCAUCGGCCGCAGCUGCACUCGGCGGCGAUUGCCAUUGAGAUUGAUGCGGCCACCGUCACGGAGAACAACAGCAGCACGGCUACUUCCAAUUUUCCGUACAAGGUGGCCAGCGAAGGUGGUGGCGCGCCCAUGAAUCUGCUGCCGCUCUCCGAGAAGCAUCGCCAGCGGCGACGCGGCUCACUUAACUCCAAUACCACCAUUGAGACAGAUGAGCUGUCGCGCGAUGACGACGACGACGACGACGACGAUGAUGAUGAUGAUGAUGAUGAUGAUGUGCACAUGGGCGUGCAGCCCGAGGAUGAGGAGCAUCUGACGCCGUCAACGGCCAUACAGCCAAGCAGCAGCUCGAGCAGCACAGCACACGCCUUUGCCGGAGCUGCACCGCCGCGGAACGAGUGCGUCAGGAUCAAGCGCAAGCGGUUUGUGCCCGAUGCCAUGCAGGAUUAUUGCAGCAGCUGUUCCCGCUGCUCGAGCUGCAGCUGCGAGCAGGCGCGCACCAGCUCGUGCAGCAGCCUGGACGAUGAUCACGAGGCACGCGAGCUGACGGUCGCCGUCGAUUGUCAUCGCUGCAUGGCCGAACAGCAGCCGAACAGCCGUCGCAACAGCCUGAAGAGCUUUUGCUCGUGCCACACGAACAGCUGCUGCUGCGGCCAGUGCAGCGACGGCGACGAGGAGCACUAUGCCGGCGAUGAGGAUGAGGACGACGACGACGAGACGACGGGACAGCGCGAAUCCUUUUGCACAGCCGCCGAUCACACGAUCCUGAGCACGCCCACCCAGGAGGAUGGCCACAGCAGCACCCUGACGCCGCUCAGCACACAGGAGCACACGAUGCGCAGUGAUCUGGCCGACAAUGAUGCGGAUGCCAUUACCGAUGCGGAUGCCUCGUCGCUCAGUCAAUCAGCCGAAUACUUUUCGCUAUCCUCAGCCGUGGGCGGGGCACAGCCAGCAGCCGCAGUCGGCAAAGUGGAGACGCCGCACUGCAGCAGCAGCGGCAGUGGCAGCGCCAGCAGCAGGAACAACAGCAGCAAACAUUGGAGCAAGCAUAUAAGACUCAAGCGCAGCUCGUCGCCGCUGGACACGAACUUAUGACGAAGCGUUUCGCUGGUCGCCUGGCCAGCCAUCGAUGUCAAUGCGCUGCUGCAGCAGACCAUACGCAAGUCCGCCGUGCUGCAGGAGACGCCAGUGAAGCGGCGCACACCGCUCACAUCGCCACAGCUGCCACGUCCAGCCGUUGCCGUCGCCGUCGCUGCUUCGGGCAGCAAUGACAGCUCCACGGCCACAUUAACGCCAGCGCCAAGCGUCAUCAGUGCAGUGACCACCAAGCAAACUGUGGCGGUGACCACACGCAACGGCAUUACCAACACGACCACAUUGCCAGCAUUGCAGGCGAAACGCGGUGGCAAGUUCUCGCCGGUGGCUGGUGAGGCCUACAGCUGUGAUCCGCUGCAGCGCCGCUCCACGGAGAUCAUACUCUAAGUGGCCUACACAAUGAUACCUCUGCUUGGCUGUGUCUACAACAGAGCUCUAUUGUCCAAGCGCUUCUUGGAAUUUCAUGUGCAAACACAUUUCGUGCAACAUUUUUUCUACACUCAAACAAAACACAAUUAGCUGUUCAUAAAGUUGUUAUUCGGGGGUCAUUCUCAACCCAAUCCAAUGUACAUUAUUUAUAUAUAUUAUAUUUUUUUUAUUUGUGAGCCACUAGCUAAUUAGCUAUAUAUCUAUAUAUAUAUAUACCUUUUGUAUAUGUGUAAUUAUAUUUUCUUUUAGUUAGACUGCGUGAAUUUAAUAGUCGUCGCCGGCUCGCAGAGUCCGCUGCCCAGCGCCAAUUUGCCAACGGGCCUAAUUAUAGUAACUAGCUAAAGAGAAACACACACAGACAGACAUAUCCAUUCGAAACCUAACCAUUUACUGUUCGCCAAUUUGGCAGUGGGGAGUGCGGCUCUGAGCGGCGACCAGAACCUUGUUUCAAUCGUUUCGUACAAUUUGUUAGUCAAUUCCUCUUAGUCGCGUAAGUUAAAUGCAUGCAUAAAUAAUGUAAAAAAUAUCUAAAUAAUAAUAGCAAGCAGAAGAGAAGGAAAUAUUAACGUUAAUCUCGAUAUAAUUGCAAGUAACAAAAAAUACAUUUUGUAAAUUUUAUGAUUUUUCUAGCAGAAUUUAUUAGCUAAGGCA